AUGUUUGAACAAAAUCAGAAAAGUUCAUAUCCUGUUACACAAUAUCUUAUCGAAAGAUUCUAUUCUUCCAAUAAUGACUUGAUACCCAAUGGACCUAACUUGUUGGAUCAUCGGAAUAGUGACCAGUUGUUUAAGGUCUUAAUCAGCACGGAUAAUAUAAAUAACAACAAUACUAGUACAAUCACGACAAAUGAUGAUAUAUGUGAGGAGGAACAGGAGGAAGAGGAAUUCAAUGAAAUAAUUUUACCCUCAAAUUCUAAAUUAUCUAGAUUUCUAGUUAAAUGCAAUGAAUAUUUAUUCCUUGGUAAAAAUUCGUAUGGUUUUGAAAAAGAUCUAUUGAUUAAGGAUUUGCAAUGGGAAAGACAAAAUUCUAUUUCUUAUGAUCAAUGGAAAUUAACGUCUCUAAAAUUAGAUGAAUUAACAGGUAGAGAUCGAUGGAAAUUAAACAUGAAAUCUGAUCUGUAUGAUUAUGAACUUAUUAAUCAAUUGACUGAAUCUAUGAAGAAAUUUAGAUUGGAUAAAAAUUAUUCCGAAUUAUUGUAUUUAAUUAGAACCAAUUGGAAAAGAAAUUUGGGCAAUUUGGGCAACGUAAAUCUGUAUAGGCAUUGUAACAUUGGAACUAAGAAAAAGAUUGAAGAUUAUUUAGAAGAGUCUGAAUUAAGUAUCAAAUGUUUGUUGGAACAAAAUGAAUUGGAUGACAAUUAUCUUUUAGGCAUAUUACAACAAACAAAGAGAAAUAUUGGUAAAACAGCUUUGAUGCUUAGCGGUGGUGCUACAUUUGGACUUUUUCAUAUUGGUAUUCUUGCUGCUCUAUUUGAAGCUGAAUUUAUUCCCAAAAUCAUUAGCGGUACUAGUGCAGGUGCCAUUGUAGCCAGUAUAUUUUGUAUUCAUACAAAAGAUGAAAUUCCAUCACUGUUAGCGAAUGUAUUAAACAUGGAAUUCAAUAUCUUUAAAGAUGAAAGAGAUAAGCCAAGUAGUAGUGAUUUUUUGUUGAAAUUGUCAAGAUUCUUGAAAGGUGGAUCAUGGUUCGAUAAUAAACAUUUAAAAAAUACAAUGAUUGAAUUUUUAGGCAAUUUAACUUUCCAAGAAGCUUAUUUCAGAACAGGUAAAAUUUUAAAUAUUACUGUAUCUCCUGCGUCCAUAUAUGAGCAGCCAAGAUUAUUAAAUAAUUUGACUGCCCCUAAUGUUUUAAUCUGGUCUGCUAAUGAAAUCAGCGCAAAAUUUAAACAGCAUUUGACUAAUGUCUUUAAAUAUAUGAAUAAUGAAGUUAUUCAUGGAUUAGAUAUGUUAUCUGAAUUUGGUAUAGCAAGAAAUGUUACAACCAAAUUAGCAUCAGUCCUCUCACAACAAUAUUCGGGUAACAUUACAAUAUUACCUGACUUUUCAAUGUUAAAUCAAUCAUAUGAAUUAUUGAGAAAUCCAUCACGCUCUUUCUUAUUAAGAGAAACGACUUUGGGAGCUCGUGCAACAUGGCCAAAAUUAUCUAUGAUUAAAAAUAGUUGUGGUCAAGAAUUUUUAUUAGACAAAGCUAUUACCUAUUUACAGGCAAAAUUACUGAUGUCUUCUUCGAUAAAAAAUCCUUUGCAAUUUCAGGAUGCAUAUAAUUUAAUUAAAUUGACUGAUAAAGCUCACAUUGUACAAAAUCAGGCCUCGAAAAUAGGGCUCAAUCAAGAUCCGAAUUUAUUAGAUGAUAGUUUAAUAGAAUCUGAAAAUAAAGAUUCAUUAUUAUUUAUUCAAAACACUAAUUUAGAAGAUUUAUGGAAAAAACAUAGAAUAAGAUCCAUGAGCUUAAGGCUAAAUUCAAAUGUUCAACCAUUGUCAACACAAAAAGGGAAGUUGAUGCUAUAUUAUCCAAAAAGGCCUAGAUACAAUAAAGCUUUGUCCUUCUCAGGUAAAAAUAAUACAUUUGUUGAUAAUCGUAAAAGAGCAGAUACGACAACUAAUACAAUUAUCGAUAUCCGUGAUUACCAAUAUUAUCAUGCUAAUCAUAACUAUGCAAGAGUAGAUUCCGCAUCAAGGAUAAAGACAAAUAUUGAUGAUCCAGAUAGUUCAUAUUCAAAAAAUAUUGAUGGUAAUACAAAUAAUUUGGCUCAGUAUGAUUCAACAAAAACAGGCUACGUUGAUCGCACCGUAGAUUCGUUUAUAAAUAGUAAAGGUAAAAAUAACUAA